AUAUGUUCCUCACCUUCUCAUUGAGCCUGCGACAGAGGCAGCGCGGGGAGCUCCUCAAUUUCGGGGACCUACAUUAAGGCUACACUUCCAUGUUACUUAAGUCACAGUCACAGUCUGUCUACUUGAAGCCCUUUCUAGUAUAAUUCUACUUUUUCGUAAAGGAGGUCGUGGAACAAUAUCACGGACACCAAGAUGCUCUACAUGAUCAGGAGGAAAAAUUGCAUUGAUUCACCGGGUCGUCGACGUAGAAUCGCAAUUCUCAUUUUCCUAACUCUUACAAGUGCGGUCUUGUCCUAAUCUCCGACAAGAUAGGUGUGCUUCCUAGCUCCUCCUAUUCUAGCUCUAACUGCAGGUCUAUACGUUCCGCUGUACUCCUUGCGGGAUGCAGGGUAUGUGAAAAAUUGGUCACAAUCCGAAGAUGAAGAUGAAUU